AGCCCGAGGCUGGGCAGCUCGCGGUCCCGGGCGUUAACCUCGGCCAAGCGCGCAGUUCCGUCGCGAGAUUUGGCAGUCUAUAUAGAAGUCACCAUGAACUUAUUCCAGCUCCUGAUGAAAAAGAAGGAGCUGAUUCCCCUGGUGCUGAUCAUGACCACCGCUGCAGGGGGAGCCUCCUCCUUCGCUGUGUAUUCCCUGUCAAAGUCCGAUGUGAUCAUUGAUCGAAAAAACAAUCCAGAACCAUGGGAAAACGUGGAUCUGAAUGUACCUCAGAAGCUCAUAACAAUUAACCAACAGUGGAAGCCUAUUGAGGAAUUGCAGAAAGUUCGAAGAGCAACCAAAUGAGCAGACUGCACCUCUCUCUCCCAAAGAGUCCUCCACGAAUCGAGUGGGAACACUUCUGCACAGCUAGAUUAUAAGUGUGGGUGCGCAGAAGUGCUUCUGCUGCAUUUUUAGGCCGUGCCUGCAUUUCAGACUCUGGAGAAGAAAUGAAAGGUAGUGUAGCAAUCACCUCCAAGCAGCAACAUAGCUUAAAACAAUAUGUACCUGUAUUUAUUUUCUUGUAAAUUUGAGCUUUGCAUAUUAAAAUUUUUAUAGUGCUUGCAUAUUUUCCUUAAAAAUGUCUAACUGUAAAUUAGGUUGUUGUCUACAAUAAAAAACUUGAGUUUUUUUUUUUUUUUAAAGAUUUGAAACAUAAUAAAUGGAAGUAAACAUU